GGGCAGCAGCGGCUGCGGCCAGUGCCCAACAUGGUGGCGGUUAAGGCUGUAUGAGUGGUGCCCGCUUACUCACACAGAGGGGGGGGCAUGACCACAGAAAGCAGAGCGGGGGGCGGCAGUGUGCUGACGCCCAAACCGGAAGUUGUGCAUACAUUUGGUCCGGAAGUAGUGCAAAACACCAAGUGACACCCCUGGUGACAGUGUUCCUUUAAGGAAAUACCAUAUUUUACUUGAAAUGUAUUGGGCUGCAAUGGAAACACUAUGCAAUUGGUGACACUGUAUACACAAUUCACAAACCCCACUGCUGCAUUAAGGGAAUAAGGACUCUACUUGGGUCUGAAAGUUGUAGUUAGUAAAAGCCUACAAAAGAUUUGUUUUAUAGCUUCAUUUACCAAACAAGCCUCACUGGACUUUAGUAACCAAAAUGAAUAUGCUGUGAAUAUCUAUGUACUGAAAGGGGUGAAUAGUUUUAUUUUUUUAUUUACUCUGGUGCAAAGACUCCUAUGGGGCAGCAGCCUGGAAAAGUGCUUGGGGAUCAGAGGAGGCCGAGCCUGCCCGCCUUACCCUUCAUUAAAGUUACUGCAAAGAAAGAUUCUGCCAAGCAUGGAGGUGCCCACUGCAAUGUUUUCGUGGAGCAUGAAGCCUUGCAAAGACCAAUCGUUUCCGAUUUUGAGCCACAAGGUCUGACUGAAGCUGCUCGUUGGAAUUCCAAGGAAAACCUCCUGUCUGGUCCCGGUGAAAAUGACCCCAACCUCUUUGUUGCACUGUAUGAUUUCGUGGCUAGCGGAGACAACACACUCAGCAUCACAAAGGGUGAGAAGUUAAGAGUUUUGGGCUACAAUCACAAUGGAGAAUGGUGCGAGGCCCAGACCAAAAACGGGCAAGGCUGGGUGCCCAGUAACUAUAUCACUCCAGUCAACAGCCCAGAAAAACAUUCCUGGUAUCAUGGCCCUGUGUCUCGCAAUGCGGCUGAAUACCUGCUCAGCAGCGGCAUUAAUGGUAGCUUUCUUGUGCGAGAGAGCGAGAGCAGCCCAGGCCAGAGGUCCAUAUCACUGAGGUACGAGGGCAGGGUAUACCACUACCGGAUCAACACCGCCUCCGAUGGCAAGCUUUACGUGUCCUCAGACAGCCGCUUUAAUACGCUGGCAGAGUUGGUCCACCACCAUUCUACAGUCUCCGACGGGUUGAUCACCACCCUACAUUAUCCUGCUCCCAAACGCAACAAGCCCACCAUUUACGGGGUGUCCCCCAACUACGACAAGUGGGAGAUGGAGAGGACGGACAUUACCAUGAAGCACAAGCUGGGGGGUGGCCAGUAUGGAGAGGUGUACGAGGGCGUUUGGAAGAAGUACAACUUGACGGUGGCUGUGAAAACAUUGAAGGAAGACACUAUGGAAGUGGAAGAGUUUCUGAAAGAGGCUGCGGUGAUGAAAGAGGUUAAGCAUCCUAACCUGGUGCAGUUGCUAGGGGUGUGUACUCGGGAACCCCCAUUUUAUAUUAUCACUGAGUUCAUGACUUAUGGGAACCUUCUGGAUUAUCUGCGUGAGUGCAACAGGCAGGAAGUCACGGCGGUGGUGCUAUUGCAUAUGGCAACUCAGAUCUCAUCCGCUAUGGAAUACCUAGAGAAGAAAAACUUCAUUCACAGGGACCUUGCAGCAAGGAACUGCCUCGUAGGGGAAAACCACUUGGUUAAAGUGGCUGAUUUUGGACUGAGUCGCUUGAUGACUGGGGAUACUUACACCGCUCACGCCGGGGCUAAGUUCCCCAUCAAAUGGACUGCGCCAGAAAGCCUUGCUUACAACAAGUUCUCCAUCAAGUCGGAUGUCUGGGCGUUUGGUGUCCUACUUUGGGAAAUCGCGACCUAUGGCAUGUCUCCAUAUCCUGGAAUUGAUCUUUCACAAGUUUAUGAGCUACUUGAGAAAGAUUAUCGCAUGGACCGACCGGAAGGAUGUCCAGAAAAAGUAUAUGAACUGAUGAGGGCAUGCUGGCAGUGGAGUCCUGGAGAAAGACCAACAUUUGCAGAAAUCCAUCAAGAUUUUGAAACCAUGUUCCAAGAGUCUAGUAUAUCCGAUGAGGUGGAAAAAGAGCUUGGGAAGAAAGGCCUUAAAGUGAUUGUGAGCAACCUACUGCAAGCCCCAGAGCUGCCAACAAAAACAAGGACAUCUAGGCGAGUAGUUGAGAGCAAGGACGAAAACACAGAAGCUUUGCCCGUCCGAAUCAUUGGGGAAUCUGAUGCUUUGGAGACUGAGCCAGCUGUGUCUCCUCUUUUUCCUCGAAAGGAGCGGGUAGCGGGAGAUGGGCUCCUGCCAGAGGAUGAACGUCUGCUGCCCAAGGACAAGAAAACCAGCCUUUUUAGUGCCCUAAUAAAGAAAAAGAAGAAGACUGCGCCUACCCCACCUAAGCGCAGCAGCUCCUUCCGUGAGAUGGAUGGGCACUGUGAGCGGCGUUGCAUUGAAGGAGAGGCUAAAGAGUCCAACAAUGGUGGAGAUGUACUUGAAGCCUUCAGAUUUCCAACCAAUGGGUCAACAAUUACAAAUGGCUCAAUUCAGGGAAACAUUGGUUUUCUCUCACCGCAUUGGAAAAAGUCAAAUACAAUGACGGGUCGGCAAACACUUCCAAAUGAAGAUGAAGGCACCAGCAAUACUAGCAAAUGUUUCCUGAGGUCUUGCUCUACUUCUUGUAUGCCACAUGGGCCUAAGGACAUGGAUGGUAGGUCUGUGACCCUUCCCAGGGAAUUGCCAUCUUCACGGUGUCAAGCGGAUUUGUCUGGAUGUGGACAGAAAUCAGAGAAACCAGCCCUGCCUCGCAAACGAGGCAAUGAAAGCAAACCAGAUUUCUCUUGCCCCCGAGGUGCCAUCACUCCACCGCCUCGCCUACUCAAAAAGAAUGAAGAGUCAGUUGAUGAAGUUUUUAAAGAUGCUGAUCCUAGUCCUGGCUCCAGUCCACCUUCUCUAACACCCAAAUUAGCACGCAAAAAACAAGGUGGCCCUACUUCCUCUUCUCCAUUACAAAAAGAGGAUACAGCUGGUGCUAAGCUUAGCUCUGUCACAUCUGACACUGGAGUACCUACAAAGCUAACGUCAUGUAAGACAGAGGCUGAGCUUCGUGUAAGAAGACUCAAGCCAUCCUCUGAAGUAGCCACAAAGGACAAAGUGAAAGUUUUGAAAGUCAAACCGAAUCCACCUCUUCCUUCUGUUGGUUCCUCAGCUUCCAGCAGCUCCUCAGUCACAGUAAAGUCUUCAAAGUUGUCUUCACAAAAUCCUAGCCAAGAAACCAGCUUAAGCGAGCCAAAACAUAAGCCAGCAAACCCUAGUGAAGACCAUUUAAGAACAAACAUAACUGUGCCUGAUAGUAACAAAAAAACAGCUAUUUCGUCCAGCUCAAAGACGCAUCCAACAGGGAAGCUUGCUGGGGGUUUUACUGCUGCUGGAGGAGGGGGUGAUCAGCCCCUGCAGCCAACUUCAUCUACUUCCUCCUCCACUGCAUUGAUUCCUCAUAUCUCCACCAGAGUUUCUCUACGUAAAACCCGUCAGCCACCAGAGAAACUGGUCAGUGGAACAGUCACCAAGGAAACUGUCCUAGAGGGCACAGAGAGCCUGCGGGCUGCCAUCAGUCGCAACUCUGAACAAAUGGCAAGCCACAGUACGGUAUUGGAGGCUGCCAAAAAUUUGCAUGCUUUUUGCACCAGCUAUGUAGACUCCAUUCAGCAAAUGAGGAACAAGUUUGCAUUUCGGGAAGCAAUUAGCAAGCUGGAGAACAGCUUGCGGGACCUACAAAUCUGCCCUGCUCCAUCCUUUACUGGAGGAGGACCUGCCACACCUCAGGACUUUAGCAAACUGCUUCUCUCUGUUAAAGAGAUCAGUGAUGUAGUCCAGAGGUAGCAUCUAGGAGUAGGGAUUUCACAAAUGUAGGGGUAAAGGUUGGAGAUCUACAGGGCAUGGUUGGAAGGGUUCAGAUACCUUUUAACCUGUUGAGAAAGGGUAGACAAGGCCAUCAUUGAGCUUUAAAUGAGUUGAUGCGUCUUAGUACUAUGCACCAUGAACUUGGGUUGUGGAGGCCACAUUGAUGGCACUAGACUUCCAAGGAAAUAUGAGUGUCCUACACAUGUUAUCAAGUACCUUAUACUCACUCAUACAGACUGAUGUUCUUCUGUCUGACACAGACUUCAAUGGUCUACAGGUCUUUCUUUCCUCACAUUGCAAAUCACUGUAAAGUGCAAUGUGUGAUUCCUUUUUGUCUGAGGAGGCUCUGUGCUAUAAACACAAUACAGAACCUCUCUGUGGCUCUGCCCUUUACUAGUCAACACUGCCUCCAUCACUGUACAGUGUGAAACAUAGCCUGAGAACUCAAGGCAACGAAUAGUACUGUUAAUGUCCAUUUCAGAUGAGAUAUGCCACCGUAAUGCUACUAUAAAGCAGCAGUUUCUUACCCUUGUACUUGACAUGCAAUAUUCAUAGCCAAGGGAUUAUAAGACAGGUUACUAAACAGCACACAGCUCUUCUCUACAAUAAAGAUAUUGCAAACUUGUCCCAAACAUUCCAACUAAACUUCCCUAAAGAUUUAUAUUCAUAGCUCAAAAAAGCAAACUAUAGCAUUCCACUCAUUUUUUUAUUUCCCUUAUAGCUGGCGUUAAAACGACAGUAAAUCAUUUAAUUCCAAACAGCAUUGCUUGUUAAACCAGACAAUGCCUUCAGAUUAGCCUUACGUAGAAUGUAGCUCAAAUGCUACUGAUCUUGGUGGUAAAAUAAUAAUUUUGUAAAUACAUCAAAAAAACAACAAAAAAACAAACAGAGAAUUUCCGAGGAUCUUAUAUUUUUUAUAGUGCAAUUAACUUCUUUUAUAAUUCUUUUAAAACCAAAAAAAUGAAAUAAAACCCACACAAUUACAUGGAGGCUAUGCAUAUAGGUUUAUUCUGACCUCUAUCAUUGGCAGAUCACAAAUUUCACUUUUAAUUAAUUCCUUACUUUCUGUAGUGGAUUAAGUUCACUCAGCUGCUGUAAAUAGAAAUUAUGAAUUUAUUCCCAGAGUUCCUUGUCACAUUUUUUUUUUUUUAAAUGUUGUGAUGUGGCAGCAAGAAUUUCCAUUCCCUUUCAUUCCUUUCUUUUCUAUGCUCAAAAGCAAAACCUGUGCUAAAAUAUUGUGUUAUAUUGUAUUAUGCUGAUUCCACUUUUGUAUGUGUUUUAGGCGUUGUUUUUGGUUAUUUUUUUUUAUUUUAUUUUGUCGCAUCUUGCAGACGUUUAAAAUGCAAUAUUUCUGUACAAAUGUUUUAGUAUUUGGGUGUAUUAUCCUUCACAAGGAUACACUUUUUUAUGUAAAUGUUCACACCCAGCUGCCUUUAAUAUGCCCCUUACUACAACUGUUUACUCUGGCGCUGAAAAGGUUAAAGUGCCUUGGGCCAGAGGGCACAUGCAGAUUAUUAAGUUCAUAGAUAAAUGAGCAUGUAUGAGGCCUUAAACUGAUGGGCGGUGAAUGGCCAAACCUUAUGACCGAGUGCCUUUUCUGAAGCAUUGCUUUACUUGCCACUUUAGAAAACUGAAAACCAAACACAGCACUAAACUUCUUUUCUAAUUCUUCAUCUAUACCUAGCAGCCCUUUGUAAAGAUAUGAAAUGCUCCAGUGCAAUAUCCGGUAAAGGAUACAAGGCUCUAAUUAUUUUGCAAGCAUAAAACACACAAUUGAUAAAGUAGCUUGUCACUUGAUGACUUACUGGCGACCAAGUGUUCUGAUAAAAGCAAAUCUAUAUAAAACAAUAUGGUAGCCUUCCAACUCUCCUGGUACCAUAUUGGAUGAAAACAGGCUAUUGUCACCACUGGCCCAGCUCAAUAUCCCAUAAUGAUCACGGUUUGGGAAAACAAAUGACCUGCCAACUUCAACUGAGCAUUUAUCUGAUUCGAAGUACAAAUUAAAGGGACGUGGAAAACAAAAUGUAAACAAUGAUUCAGACAGAGCGUACAGUAUGGUUAAGAUGAGUAAUUGAAUAAAGAUACUUGCUAUUUACAUUGUUUAAGAAAAAUUACAGAAUAACUCCUUAAUGCCACUAGCCAAGCAAAAUGAGAUUUUACAUUUUUAUCACUGCCCUGAUUUUGAUUGUUGAUCAUAUUUUAGUCCAAUUAAACAACAUCACAGAGUCGACGGUUAAUUAAAUUAAAUUAAUAUUUUUUAGAUUACAGGGUUUCCCCCCCCCAAAAAAAAUGAUAGUUAAGGUAGUUGUGCGUUCUUCAUAGAUAAAAGUAUAACUAUUGUGAUUGCAUCUGUUGUAUAAAACGUAUGUAUUAUUCGUUUAGUUCCCCCAAUUAAGAUGAUAUUUUGCAUUUUACUUAAGCACCUGCUGCUUAAUGUUGGAAAUGAUACACGUAAUUUGGAAUCAUUAUGCAAAGCCGUUGCAAGUUUUAUCAUUUAAGCGGUUAUUGUUACAAUUAAUUGGCAUGUAUGUCUUUAUAAUAAACUUAGAUUACUCAUUGUGAAAAUCUAAUAUUUCCCUAAACAGAUCUGCAAAGUGCCCACACUCCCUUAUGCCUAAAAAACAUUCAUGAACCUUGGGAUCCGGAAUUCAGGCUACAAAAAUCUAAAUACUUUUCUAUGCAUUGAAAAUUCACAGCAAAUAUAUUUCUUUUAGGAUACGGGUUCCUGCGGUUUGAUUUUGGAGCUUAAAGGGACAGUCUACUCCAGAAUUGUUAUUGUAUAAAAUGAUGAAUCUCUUUAUUACCCGUUCCCCAGUUAUGCAAAACCAACACGGUUAUAAUAAUACACUUUUUACCUCUGUGAUUACCUUGUAUCUAAGCUUCUUCUGACUGACCCCAUAUUUUUGUUCUUUUGACAGACUUGCAUUUUAGCCAAUCAGUGUUGACUCACAAAUAACUCCACAGGAGUGAGCACAGUGUUAUCUAUAUGGCACACAUGAACUAGCGGUUUCUAGCUGUGAAAAACUCAAAAUGUACUGAGAUAAGAGGCGGCCUUCAAGGGCUUAUAAAUUAGCAUAUGAGCCUACCUAGGUUUAGCUUUCAAGAAAGAAUACCACAAGUACAAUGCAGAUUUGAUAAUAAAAGUAAAUUGGAAAGUUGUUUCAAAUUUCAUGCCCUAUCUGAAUCAUGAAAGUUUCAUUUUGACUAGACUGUCCCUUUAAAGGGGCAUGAAACCCAGAAUGCCUGCAAUUUAAAAAAAAACUUUCUAAUUUACUUCUAUUAUCAAAUUUUCUUUGUACUCUUGGUAUCUUUUGUUAAAAAGUAGGGACGUAAGCUCAGGAGUGUGCACGUGUCUGGGGCACUAUAUGACAGAGGUUUUGCAAGAGUCCAGACACCUACCCAGGUAUCUCUUCAACAAAGCACAUUUUUAUAAUAGAAGUAAAUUGGAAACUUUUUUUAAAAAUUGUAUGCUCUGUCUGAAUCACAAAAGACCAUUUUUGGGUCUCGUAUCCCUUUAAAUGAGCAGCCUAUAUCACAUUGUCGCUACAGAAUAGCAUUAAUAAGUACGCCGCAUAUACAAGAUAGUAGAAUGGUGCAAUAAUUGUCGACUUUUAGAGCUGCACCCAGCACUGACUAAAUAAAUAUGUGAAAUUAAUGUUUGCCCCUCUGUCAAUAAAAGGGGUAGAACGGUACUGUUUAGCUUCACCACCGGUGUCCUAAUCAAAGCAUGCGUGUCAUUAAUGUGUCAACUUGACUGGCUUUUUGUACAUAACGUUCACUUUACUUUCCUGUAAAGCCAUUGUGGCAUUUUUACAACCUUUGUCAAAAUACAAAACCGUUUAAGUA